AUGACUACAAAACUCAUUGUCCUCUUCACGCUCUUGCUUCUUACACUAACACUCUCCCACUCACACCCGACCGGACCCGAAUCUGUCUCGGACCAGCUCAAAAAAACUCCAAAGGGAUAUGGAUCAGGAGGAUACUUUGGGCCCGGAACCGGAUCAGUACCAGGAACCGGUUUUGGAUUACCGGGUUUCACUGGUAAGGAUUGGGGAAACAUUGGUGGUGGGUACGGUGGUGGUUAUGGCGGACCUAGCGGUGGAUACAACAAAGGAGGUGUGGUGAGACCAACAGUGGUGUGUAAAGAGAAAGGUCCUUGCUACAUGAAGAAGCUGAGGUGUCCGGCCAAAUGCUUCAAGUCUUUUAGCCGCUCUGGCAAAGGAUACGGUGGUGGUGGUGGGGGAGGUGGCUGUACAAUCGACUGUAAGAAGAAAUGUGUGGCUUAUUGUUGA